AUGUGUGGCUGGAUUUCUAACGAUCAAGGAGCAUUGCGUCUUGUGCCGAUUGAACUGCGCGCCGCCCAGCCUAGUGAGAUGUCACUUGGCAGUCCCUCGUUCCUUCUCGAUCCACCGGAGAAUUGGCCUGUUGAACCAGCUGGUCAGCCUAUAGUCCAGGAAGAGCGGAAGCAGACUUCUGGACUUGUGGUUGGUCAUCUGGAAAUCACCGCGGAUUUCAGUCGUUUUAGUGACUGGCUACGAUUACUUCGUGCUACUGCUCGCGUUUUGCAAGCUGCGUCUAAAUUUCGCUCGGCUUUAGAUCGCGUAGGUUGCGUUGCUCCUAGCACCGAUGUUAGGCUUCGUCAACGUACGAAUACACCUACGUCCACCACUCUAAUCCCCCUGACAGCGGAACUUAUGGAAGCCGCAGAAAGGCACGUACUGAAGAAAGUACAGUCUGAAUCAUUUAGUGACGAAAUCCCAAUAAUAGAACGUGGAGAAUUGAUACCGAAGAGUAGUCGCCUGGCGAAGCUUUCUCCCAGAAUGGGGCCAGACAACUUGUUGCACCUAGCUGGCAGAAUCGUUGCUGUACGAGACGUCGGUUCCGAGAUCAAGUUUCCAAUCAUUCUAGAUGGACGACACCCAGUAGUGCGCUUAUUGGUCAAUUUCUACCAUCGCAAGGCUGGACAUGCAAACAAUGAAAUGGUGGUCAAUGAGGUUCGACAAAAAUAUUGGCUUCUUCAUCUGCGCAGUACUGUUCGAAGCGUCACCAGCAAAUGUUUGUUCUGUCGCAUCAAAAGAGCAAAGCCAAUGAAUCCGAUGACCGGUAACCUUCCCCCUCAGCGGCUUGCCCAUCACCGUCGCCCAUUCACGUACACUGGCUUGGAUUAUUUCGGCCCGAUAAAUUCCAAGAUCGGUCGAAGACAAGAGAAACGUUAUGUGGCCCUGUACACCUGCAUGACAUCCAGAGCCGUUCACCUGGAGCUUGUACAUUCCCUUUCUGCUGACUCCGCAAUAAUGAGCCUGCGACGGUUUAUUGCUAGGAGAGGCGCUCCCAAUACUGUAUAUUCUGACAACGGUACAUGUUUUGUUGGUGCAGACCGAAUUUUACGAGAAUUUCAUCAGUACGAGGUCUACGAUUUUGCUGCCAAUAGAGGAAUAAAAUGGAGCUUCAUUCCUGCCGCUUCUCCUUUUUUCGGCGGAUGCUGGGAGAGACUGAUUCGCACCGUCAAAGUCGCGCUGAAUGCCACAUUACGUGAAAGAGAACCUAAUCCCGAAGUCCUAGUAACUCUCCUUCUAGAAGCGGAGGCAAUAGUAAACUCUCGACCUCUGACCCAUGUCCCUGUUGGCCCUGAAGACCAGGAAACCCUAACGCCCUUCCACUUUUUAAUUGGCUCAUCCUCUAACCAGGUUCUGCCCGCAACCCUUGACGACAGAGACCUCAUAAGACGUGCUGACUGGAGGAAGGCGUUGAGACUGGCCGACCAUUUUUGGAACCGAUGGGUAAAAGAAAUUCUGCCAACCAUGCAACCUCGCCAGAUAGCGGAGAACAGAGAGCACGACUUGACUAUUGGCGACUUAGUCAUCGUUGUAGACCAGAACCUACCCCGAGGAACCUGGCCACGCGGCCGCGUCGUUGCUACAUUCCCUGGCAGAGACGGAGUGGUCAGGGUGGUGGACGUAGCCACAUCAGGUGGAAUUCUUCGUCGACCUUCUAAAAAAUUGGUCAGAUUAGAGGCAUAA